UGAUGGCUUAAAAUUAGGCUGCAUCACAGAUUGGUGAAAUCUCCCAGCAUCCCUCCUGAGUGAAGGAGAGAGAGCAUCAUCCGGCGUACCAGCAUCGACCUGCUGCUAAUUUCUUUGACAUUUCUCUUAAAUGCUGUAAUGGGGAGCCCCUGCCAGGCCAGCUGCUGCAGUGUGAACUUUGCUGCACCUCUGCCUCUUAUUGAUGACUAAUUUAUAAGGGUCUAUUGCGUACCUGAGCAUAUCCGUGGAGAGAAUAUACAUUUACAUAACGUACAUGUCCAUUUAGAAGUGGCAUAUUUCCCUCUGGUAAAGUGGGAACCUUAAGCCAAAAGGACUGCUCUGCGUCUUUUGGAACAGCUGUCGUCUUGCCUGCAGAUAUCACCCUGGCCUCCAAGAUGGACCUUCGAAGUGCCCUGGAGGAAUGCACUUUGGCUCUCAACUUAUUUUUAAACAACAAGUUUUCAGAAGCUCUGGAGUUAUUACGUCCAUGGGCUAAAGAGAGCAUGUAUCAUGCACUUGGAUACAGUACCAUCUUGGUUAUGCAGGCAGCAAUGACGUUUGAACCUCAGGACAUACAGAUGGGUAUAGGUACAAUGAAAGAAGCUUUACAGACAUGUCAAAGGUUCAGAAAGAGAAAUUCUGUGGUGGAAUCAUUGUCUAAUCUCAUGUCCAAACAGACAGGGGACCAGUUGUCUGAAGAGGAAAUGCAUGCUGAGAUCUGCUAUGCUGAGUGCCUCUUGCAGAAGGCUGCUUUAACAUUUGUGCAGGAUGAAAACAUGAUCAACUUCAUUAAAGGCGGACUCAAAAUAAGGACAAGUUACCAAAUUUACAAAGAAUGCCAUCAAUUGCUCUCAUCAUUGACUCAAGAUAAUAACUCAAGUGACACUCAGCAUCAGUUUGAUGGCGGAGUUAAAUUAGGCAUAGGGGCCUUUAAUUUGAUGCUUUCUCUCUUACCUUCAAAGAUUCUUAGGUUGUUGGAAUUCAUUGGUUUUUCUGGAAACAGGGAGCUGGGCCUUUUCCAACUGAGAGAAGGAGCUUCUGGAACCAGUCUAAGAGCCAUCCUAUGUGUCCUCACACUCCUCUUCUAUCAUGCCUACGUGUCAUUAAUACUUGGUACUGGAGAAGGUAAUCUUGAUGAAGCAGAUGCACUCAUUGAACCCUACCUCAAGAAAUUCCCAAAUGGAUCUAUUAUUCUCUUCUAUUCUGCCCGGAUAGACGUACUUAAAGGAAAAUUUGAACAGGCACAAGAAACAUUCAAGCAAUGCAUUGUUGCCCAGCAGGAAUGGAAACAGAUUCACCAUCUCUGUUAUUGGGAGCUGAUGUGGUGCCAUUCUUUCCAGCAAGACUGGCUGAAAGCAUAUCACUAUGCUGACCUGCUGUGCAAGGAAAGCAAGUGGUCAAAGGCAAUCUAUGUAUUUCAAAAAGCUGCAAUCUUGAGCAUGCUUCCAGAGGAGGCUGUGAAGACCACAGGAGAAGACAUUGUGGCUUUGUUCAGGCAAGUAGAAGGUUUAAAACAAAGAAUCGCUGGGAAGUCAAUACCAACCGAAAAAUUUGCUGUUCGGAAGUCUCGAAGAUAUGUAGCUGCUAACCCAGUCAAAUUGAUCUUGCCAGCCUUGGAAAUGAUGUAUGUAUGGAAUGGUUUUACAAUAGUAGGUAAACGAUCUGAUCUGACUGAAAGUCUGCUGGUUACUAUUGAAAAGGCAGAAACUGCUUUGCAGAGUGAAAAAAAUCCAACUGAAUACUUUGGAGAUGAUCAGUGCCUUGUCCAGUUACUGAAAGGUCUUUGCUUAAAACAUCUGGGUAGAUUAUUACAGGCUGAACUUUGCUUCAACCAAGUGAUACAGAGUGAAAAGAGGCUUAAGUAUGACCACUAUUUACUACCAUUUACACAUUAUGAGCUGGGACUUUUGUACAAAGAGCAAGGCGACAAAGAUAAAGCCAUACGUCUAAUUGAAGCUGCUAAAAACAACUUUAAAGACUAUUCCAUGGAAUCCAGAUUGCAUUUUCGAAUCCAUGCAGCGCUCAGCAGCCUUAAAGGCACACCACCGUCAACCCCUCCAUGAAGUUAUUGGGCUUUACUUUUGUAAAUGAGUAUUUCAUCUGGAAGAAUGUAGCUACAAAAACAUUUUGGUGGCAGUUAUACAGCUAAUAAAAUGUCUGUUACCCUGCGUGAUUUCACCUGUUGUCCAAUGUAGCUCUUAUUUUCUAUGGUAAUUGUACUAUAAAAUAUAUAUAUAAAUGCAUAUUCUGCAUUCCUUAAAAAAAAUACAGGAAAAGUUGAGAUAUAUAUAUACAUUUUGUUUCAUGAAAUAAUUUAUGUCUGGACACACUUAAAUGAAAAGAUUAUUACUGGUACAGUAAACUAUGGUACAAACAUU